AUGUCGAUAAGGAUCAUAACCAGAGCGAUUCAAAGAUUAAGUACAGUUCAGACUGGUACGAGGAUGCCCAGGUAUUUCAAACUGAUGACCCGAGCUGAAUCCACUACAGUGGUACCAAAACAAAAAUUUGAGUCAGUAACAGAACAAUAUCUUGGAUUUGGAAAUUUUGUUGCUGAAUGUUUACCCAAGUAUAUUCAAAAAAUUCAAAUAAGUUCUAAAAAUGAAUUAGAAUUACUGAUAGCACCAGAAGGUGUCUUACCAGUAUUUCAUUUUUUAAAAAAUCAAACAAAUUGCCAGUUUGCUAACUUAUCAGAUUUAUGUGCUGUAGACGUUCCUCAACGUUCAAAUAGAUUUGAGAUUGUUUACAAUUUGUUGUCACUUCGAUUCAAUACUCGCAUACGUGUUAAGACUUACACUGAUGAGUUAACACCAAUUGAUUCCAUUACAUCUAUUUAUGAAGCAGCAAAUUGGUACGAAAGAGAGAUUUGGGACAUGUUUGGAGUGUUUUUCACUAAUCAUCCAGAUUUAAGAAGAAUUCUUACCGAUUAUGGAUUUGAAGGUCAUCCAUUCCGUAAAGAUUUUCCAUUGUCUGGAUAUGUAGAAGUAAGGUAUGAUGAUGAAAAAAAGAGAGUUGUGGUAGAGCCAUUAGAAAUGUCUCAAGAAUUCAGACGUUUUGAGCUAUCUACUCCGUGGGAACAAUUUCCGAAUUUUAGAAGUGCUAGUCCCACCACUGAAGAAGUGGUAUCAGCAGACAAAGAAAAAAAAUAA